AUGGUACACUCGGGCCUCCCUUCCAUCUUUCCUAUUCGCCUCCAUUCUGGACCACUGAGAGGCGAGGGCCAGCAACGGGGGUUCCUUAUUUCUUCGGGGUCCCAUUUCUCGUCUGGGGGCCCUUCUGGCUGGGAUGGGGUUUGGAUGAUAGCGCCCUUCUGCUCUAUCCCUCUGUCUCUCCAUUUCAUUCCUAUCCUGGCCGGUUCGUCCUGGGGGACUCCCUCCCCUGUGGGGGGGGGCAGGCUCGCCCCAUGUGGCCUGCGCAAUCGGUCUUGCUCGGACUGGGGCCACCCUGCCUCCUACUCCUUCACGGGAGACUCAACGGCGUUUCCUGGGCUCUUUGCUUUCCUGGUGGGUGGUAACAGGACGUUAGUUCGCUUAAUGCCUAAUUUACGGUCCCCUGCCGCCGUACACCACCGAGCUUUAUGUCCGUAUUCACCACAGUCUCCUCCCCAAUUGGUUGGACAGUCUCGAGCCCUGUGUCCUGCGUAUUUACACGUCCAGCACACUAGCCAAUUCUCGUUUAUUCGGAACUGUCUCCAAUUCCCAAUUUUCCUCUACUUCUUCUUCCGGGUCUCUCUUCUUCGUUUUCUUGUUCUCUCUUCUUCCUCUCCCUCUCUCUCUUUUUCUUUUCCCGAGCCUUUCCGACCGAUAGUUUGUAACUACAGUCUUUUUAUUCGUACUAAGCUUUCAGUCCUUUUUUUUUUUUUUGUACAGGAAAUUGUGCUCUUCUCUCUCCGCGUCCCUGGCAAAUCCACGGGUCGGAAUCCUGGCACAAGGCACCAAUUCUUACGUAAUAACCCUGCCUGUUGCAGUUCUGUCCUGUCUCCCCUGUGGUUCUGGCCGAAAAAGAAAUCCACUCGAUCUUCCUCCGGUGAACUGAAGGAACAACCACUAUUCGCCACGUUGUGA